UGAAAGUUCAUACAGUAUACAUUAUGACAACUGUAUUACUGAAUAUCGGUGGUUCCAUAUUUCAAACAACAUUUGAAACUCUGGAAAAAAUUCCAGGCACAAAACUUAGUUGUCUCAAACGAGAUAUCUCAGUCAAAACUUCCAGAGCGUCUUUCUACUUUGACAGAAACCCGGAUGUUUUCAAUAGCAUUUUGGAUCUUUACAGAACGGGAGAGCUUCAUUUUCCUUCAAACAUAUGCGGGGCUACUAUAAGAAACGAGCUUGAAUUCUGGGAAAUUGACAAAUCCUAUCUCAGUGAAUGUUGUUUAAAAGCUCUCUACAAACAUGAAAAUGACAUGUGUAUUUUGCAAGAAAUCAAGAAUCUUGAAAAAUAUAAAGUUUUGGAUGUUCCUAAGGAAGAAAGUCGCAAAGGGUGUUGGCGAAAUUGCAUCUGGAAAACACUGCAAUAUCCUGCAUCAUCUCGAAAAGCAAGCGUUUUCAACAUUCUGUACUUAUUGGUCGUGGUUCUGUCAACAUCGGUAUUGUUCUUGAGUACACUUCCUAGUCUCAGGCAGCCAACCUCCAACAACUUCAAUGAAACCAUAGCUGUUGAGAAACCCCAUAUCUACACCAAAACUAUUGUAGCACCACCUGUUUUCUACUUAGAUCUUAUCUGUGGUAUAUUUUUCACGUUUGAGUACAUAACACGUAUUGUCGUGACGCCAAUAAAAUGGAGGAAGUUUUUCUGUACACCACCUAACGUUAUUGACGUUGUGGCUAUUAUAGCAUUUUGGAGUUUGUGUUCUUUAGUUAUUAACCGGCCAGACUUUAUGGAAGACAAAACAUUCUCUUAUGUAAUCAUGAUCCUGUCUUCUGCACGGCUGCUUCGAUUAUUCCGGUUCUAUAGAUUCCUCAAUAGAUUCAGAAGUUUUGACGUUAUAAACCUAGCCGUUCGGGCAAGUAUUUGUCAGUUUGGAAUUCUUAUAGCUGUUUUUAUUCUUUCAAAUUUAUUUUUCGGAUACCUGAUUUAUUAUGCUGAGUUUGAAGAAAAACAUUCAUUCAGUAAUGCCUUUCUUGGGUUUUGGUGGGCUGUUGUUACUAUGACUACGGUAGGGUAUGGUGACGUAGUGCCCACGUGCUAUCUUGGACGCGUCGUAGGAAUGGUAUGUGCUCUGACGGGAAUUCUUAUUCUUGCUAUGCCAGUUGCCGUUGUGACUUCAAAUUUUACUGUUUACUACAACAAACUUAAGGAAUACACGAAUCAUAAGCACGCAGAGGAAAGAAAAUGUGAAAGUAGAUCCCGUCUGAAAAAAGCAAAAGAAAAUGGAUCUGUUUGCCCGAUGCCUGUCUUAACUUUAGAAAAAAUAGAAUCACCCACAAUAUAUCUAAACGGAACUGAAUCUUGA